AUGGCAAAAAAGCAGUUCAAGACUGUGUUAUUUAUCGACAUACCAGACCCGGAUAACUUUCUUAUGGCACACCACGUUUUGAAUUCUUUCUCUUGGCCUAUUGCGAUAGUUCUGUCAUCGCGUAUUGUCGACUUCAGCGUGCCUCGCUAUGAGGAAAAUGUCUACGCAGAAAUGAAGGAAUCGAUCAGUAUCAAAACCUUGAUCACGCCCAUACGGGACGAGAUUCCCGACGUCGAACCCCAGUUUAAGAAAUGGUUCUAUGCAGACUCUACUCUAGAGGACGAUGAGGUCUUGAGGGAUUCCAAGAUGUAUACGAAACUUUCAGCACUGCGUCUUAUGGAAUCCUUACAGAACCGUGGCGUUAAACGCACGGAUUUCAAGAUCUUCUGGCACGAAGAAUCUUUUCUGAAAAUGCCCAGUCCAGACAUGCGUCACGCGUUCCAUGUGCAUGAUUUCAAAUUCAAUUUUAACAGCGAGGAGAUGGCCAAGUACCGUGCCACACAGGACAAUCCGGAGCGCGGGAACAAACUCCGCACUAGCCUUAGGGAGACAUGUGGUCAAUACAUCCGAAGACAAGAAGCAGAGUUGGCGCUUGACGAAAAUGAUGAUAUACUUACCGACCUCUCAGCUCUCAUCACGGCGAAUUGCCAGACUGAGGGGGCUGUGCUGAUUAUUGGAGGGCCUCUUACCGAGGCUUGGAUUUAUAUUAAAAAAACACCCGAACCUAGUCUUGUUACCAUGAUGAACGGAACCUUGAAGAAAACUGGAAACCUGUUCAACGACCCAUUCAACACUCAUAAAGACAAAAGGGCCGCUAAGGAAUUCUUGGAGUGUGUAGUAAGGGAGUCGAUUCCAACCCAGCUCGUGCCCACGGAAUGUAUCAGAAGUAUGGACAGCCAGUCUACUUGCCCUUUCACAUUGCGAUUGUCGGAAUGUGAAACUAUCUUGGGAAGCAACACUCUAGAGUACAGCAUGGUCGAGCAGUGGGUUGAAGACACAGGUAAGCAACGUUCCUAUGCGCCAUUUGAUUGGAUAACCGCCGUCGCAGCAAGCGAUCCAUCCAUUUAUUCUUGGAUACCUGUUAAGCUAAAAACCUCGUCCACGACGGGUGACAAUGGAAAGACCAUUGUGUUUUCCAAGACGAAAAAGGACACAAGCUUAGAAAUAGCACAAGACGAUUACAAGGAGAUGAAGAUAGUCAAAGAAAGACUAAUUAGCUCCAUGAAGGCGUCGUUUCAAACGAUAUAG